UCUAUUUAUUUUUUUAACCACGUGAGAUGGUCUAACAAAUGUUCGGCUCUUGUUUCAUCCACAAAUUCGUUUUUCUUCCGUUAUGUAUUCAACUCAAGAAUUGGAACUCUUUCCUGAUCGUACUGUAACUCAGUUGCUAUUCAAAGAUGUCAGAAACGCCGCAGAAUUGAGGAAAAAUGUCAUGGAAGGAAAGAUUCAUGGUGCCUUGAUAAACCCGUCUAUGAUAGUGAACCCCUUCCAAGUUCUAGUGGCAGCAAACAAGGCAGUCCAUUUACAUAGCACGAAGACAAGGAGCUUAUAUUCCGAAAUCAUCUACAACCUUUCACCCACUAAUAAUAUUUCAGAGGCUUUCAAGAGGUUUGGGAUAUCAGACAGUGAUAGUGCUCUUCUCGUAGUUCUGGUCCAUCCCAAAGAGGAGACGCAGCACAUGAGUGACAUCAUUGCCAAGGUGGACAGACAACAGAUUCCAGUUGAAGAUGUCUCCAUGUUGACCGACCCUGCUAAGAUCAAAAAGAGUAUGGACAUCUGCUAUAUUGGAAAGAGGACAUUAAAGGAUUUCAUUCUAGAGUAUUUAGAGCCGAAACCGGCAAACUUUGUCUCCAUUGAGGAUGGGAAAAUCAUGUCUGAACGUAAAGGUUGGUUCACCCUGACUCUAGGCCAAAGGGCUAGGGUUGGUUGGCUAGGAGAGGGGCAGAGGGACGCAUGGUUUGUUGUGGACAAGGACAUCACUACUGGAGAAGUGUUUGUGGGUCCGACCACCAAGCACCCGGCUCUAUUCAGAGACGAGGUACGAACAGAUCGUUUCCAUUGGAUAACAGAGGACCCUCCCACUGAGCUGAUCCAGACUAAGAUGGAGUGUCUCUUCCGCUUCAUCCACCAGAUGCCUCUCACUCCUUGCACUGUGACCUUGAACAUGAAUGGCUCUGUGUGGAUCAUGCUGUCUCAGUCAAUCAGAGCACUCACACCAGGACAGGAGGGCCUCACAGAGCACACACUCCAACAGGGACGAGACCACAUGAAGGAAGCCCCUGUGGCCAAGGAGAGGACUCCGGAACCAGCCAGCUGAGCCUAAGAAAGACUUCAUAGGCCCAUUAUCAAUAUGGACCUAACCUUACCUUCCAGACUUCAGUCACACCGCUGAUGGACAAGACUACUGUACUUCCACAGGCCUUAUCCCAUUCUCUGAACCACUACUGUAGAACAGAAGAGAACACUGAUCAUGCUUUUGGGCCUGUCCACUCAUCAAAAAAACACACACUCAAAAACUUCCUCUGUACUGUUGCGCUCAGUUGAUACUUCUUCCUAUUAUGGUACUUGUGAUGUACAGUAUUAUUUGAUAGUGUGGACUGUGUAAAAUCAUAUACAUGGUAAUUCAUUGUCUUAUUUAUUUAUUUGGACAGAUUAUUAGAAAAUGUGAAAUGCAUAUUUAAAAAAUGAUGGCUUUUGUUAAAAUCCAAACAAACAGUGCCUUUUUUCUUUCACCGAAACACAUUUAGCAUGGAAUUGCAUUCUUUUGAACUACUGUGUAAAAUAUACCAUAUUUAAAUAUGGCCAGCAGAAAACCUCACUGAUAAGAGCGUCUGCUAAAUGACUUAAAUGUAAAUGUAAAUGUAAAUCCAGUUAAUGUAUUGUCACUUUACAUCUGUUUCCCGUCCUCUUCCACUCUCUCCAAAAGGGGGCGAACACGCAUAAGUUAUACUGAGUCUUCUAAACUUUUUCCUAUGCACUCUUUCUGGUGUUUAAAAUAACAGUAUUGAUGUUAUACCAGGUGGAAUGUAUAGGUAACUGCCUAAAUAAUGGAAACACUGGAGUAAAUGAUGGAUACAAAGUAUAUUGAAAGCAGGUGCUUCCGCACAGGUGUAGUUCCGGAGUUCAUUAAGCAAUUAACAUCACAUGAUGCUUAGUGUGUAUAAAAUGCUGGGCAGCCCAUUAUUUUGACUGCCAUGGCUAUGCCCCCAUAGGAUGGCAAUGCCCCCGUCCACAGGCCACGAGUAAUCACAAUGGUUUGAUGAGCAUGAAAAUGAUCUAAACUAUAAGCCAUGGCUGUCACCAGAUCUGAACCCUUAUGGGAGAUUCUGGAGUGGUCCCUGAGACAGCGUUUUCCACCACCAUCAACAAAACACCAAUUUAUGGAAUUUCUUGUGGAAGAAUGGUGUCACA